AUGGCAAUCACUUCCUAUAUUUCGUUUAUCUCGUUGACAUAUUGUGUAUUCAUUUUAUCUAUAUGUCAGACGAAUUUAUCAUCAGCAUUAGAUCAAAGUCAAAGUGAAAAUCAACUAUUCCCUAUUCAACAACAAGAUGGUCGAUCAGUUUUUCUUAUUGAAUAUCUUCGAAACAAUUAUCCAUUUAAACAACAACAACAACAACAAGAACCUCUAUAUGAUCCACCUGUAUAUCUGAAUAACCAAGAAAAAUCAAAUAUACAACAAGCAUUAACCUCUCAUCUCAAUUGGUUUAAGCGUGACGUACGUCUUACGCCGGUCAAUAAACGCAUGCUUUGUUUUUUUCAUGCUGUCAAUUGUUUUGGUUAA